UAGUCUUUGUUCCGCCAAAAUGUCUAAAAAACGGUCCAAAAGCACCGGGACCCGGAGCCUGAGAGCCGUGAUCGACCAGCAGCUGACGGCGGUCGCGGACCACAUCUACCGGCUGCUGAAGGAGCGCGGACAGGCGGAGCUGAAGGAGCUGAAGGAGCUGGUGACGGAGCGGAUCGCCGCAGCCGUGGAGGAGAUCUUCACCGCGUUCAGAGCCACCAGGACGUGCGACGGAGGACCAGAAGGGUCCGGGGACAGACCGAGACCAGGAUCCGGGGCAGAGAGGACAGAGUUGUGUCUGUCGGUCGGUGUCAGGAGUCUCUCUGAUGAAAGACAUCUGAAGCCGGACGUUUCUGUUGACGGCCGACUGAAGGAGCCGCUGCCUGGCACGUCCUCCGGACCAGAGACCGUCUCUGAACCAGACCACCAACCAGCCUCUCCAGAGGAUCCAGCUGACGAGGAGGAAGAGGACGAUGAAGAGGCAACAUCUCACUGCUGCAGAGUGUGUGGGAAAUCCUUCGACAGAAAAGGCUUCUUGAUGAAACACGUGGAGAAACACUCAAAGGAGGCUGAAUGUGUGUGUGGUCUGUGCGGUGAGCGUUUGGAGUCCAGUGAUGGUCUGAAGCUUCACCUUCAAACUCACCGCGACAGCAGCAGGACCUGCGAUGUCUGCGGAAAGAAGUUCCCCUCGAUCCGAGCUCAGGAGACGCACCUGAGGCUGCACACUGGAGAGAAACCCUUCAGCUGCCACAUCUGCGGGAAAGGCUUCAACCAGAAGGGCAACAUGAUGACGCACAUGAGGAUCCACACGGCGGAGAAGCCAUUCAGGUGCACAGUCUGCCGCAAAGAGUUCAGCCACGCCGGCUCUCUGGAGCGACACAUGAAGGCCCAUGAUGGACAGAUGCCAUUCAGCUGCAAAGUCUGCAGGAAAGGAUUCACAAAGAGCGCCGGGCUAAGGCAACAUAUUCGGAGCCACGAGUCCAAAGACCAGCCUGGCAUCAAGAGCAGACGCAGGAAACCCAGUCUGACUCCCUCUCACUGCUGUAAGGUCUGCGGGAACGCCUUUUACAAUAAAGGUAACUUUGUGCGGCAUGCUGAGACUCAUUUAAAUGAUCCCGAAUGUCGCUGUGGUGUCUGUGGAGAGCAGUCAGAGUCCUCAGAGAGUCUACAGAUCCACAUCCAGAGCCACCGAGAAACCAGCAGGAUCUGCGACAUCUGUGGCAUAAGCUUCAGGGACAUGGAGAUCCACAUGAGGAUGCACACCGGCCAGAAACCCUUCAGGUGCAAAGACUGUGGUAAGGACUUCCCCAGGAAAGGUUCUCUAGAGCGACACAUGAAGCUGCACGCUGGUGAGAGGCCGUACAUCUGCGAGUUCUGCGGGAAGACUUUCAUCGAAAACACUGUCCUGAAGAGACACAUCAAGAGCCACACGGGUGGGAAGCCUAGGAUUUACUCCUGCGACGUCUGUGGCAAGAAGUUCACCAUGAGCCAGCAUCUGGACGUACACAAGAGGAUCCACACUGGGGAGAAACCGUACACCUGCAGGGUAUGCGGGAAGAACUUCCGGCAGAUCGGCAACCUAGACUCCCACAUGAGGAUCCACACGGGCGAGAAGCCAUUCAUCUGCAGCCUCUGUGGGAAGAGGUUUCGCCAGAAGAUUUCGCUGGAGACACACGAGAGGUUCCACAAAAAGGAGAAACCGUUUGGCUGCCAGCUCUGCAGCAAAGGCUUCGUCCAGAAGAUCGACCUGAAGAGACACAUGCUGACGCACACCGGGGAGAAACCGUACAGCUGCCGGGUCUGUGGGAAGAGGUACCAGGAGAAACGUUCAGUGGACUCGCACAUGAAGGUUCACACCGGAGAACGAGCCGCCAAAGAUUCAGCUGUGACACUGAACCUGAAACGACAGGAAGGAGUUCACACUGACUUCAUCCAGCUGUGACAGUAGUGUCUCCUUACCCUGGUUUUGAUGUUUUACUGAUUUUAGGAAUUUUGGUACCUGACCUGUCCUUAUGCCGCAAGAACCAGGGAACAGAAUUAGUUCCCGGUCUCCAACAACUCCCUGCUCUGGGCUUGUUAUCAGGGUGGAGGCUGUGGUGCUGAAUAUCCCUGACUGGUCAAACACAAACCUCAGGCUGCUAUAGCAGAUCAUGUAGAGACAGGUGCUCCGGAGUUUUUUGGACUAAUUUAUAGGAUCUUUGUGGUACUUCAGAUGCAGCAGAAACACAAACAAGAAAUGCAAAAGGGACUUUUAGUUUCCAGUUUAGUUCCUGUGGCUCCUUAAGUCUCAUUUCCACUGCAAGAACAUAACAUAACGUUGGUAACAUGAAGCCGAUCUGCUGGUGAGUUUCUGGAACUAAAUUUGGCCUCGGCUCUCAGCUCUUUUCAAACAUGAAUCUGAAUUGAUGCAGUUUGUCAUUCAGACUGAGGAGGAGUUUUUUCCCCACUGGUAAUCGUUUUACCUUUCUCCUGGUGAGAGCCAGGUGACAAAUAUCACCUUUGCUUUGUGUCUCUUUCUACCUACAUGUCUGAAUGAAGCUGUAAGUAACAUGAAUGUAAAAGUCUCCUCAGUCUGAAUGACGAACUGCAUCAAAUUAACAGAUAAAUACAGAUUCCUGUUUAAAUUUAAUCAAAAACAAGUAGUUCCUGAGUUUGUGGAAAAGUUCCUUUGGUGUAACAGGUUCAUAUCUUUGAUUAAUAAAACAGUGUCUGAACUGAGUCAGUUCAUUAAGAGACAGAAAUUAUUACUUUAUCCAUCCAUAAGUCAGUCAUCAGACACGACCUGGUUCUGAUCUGAGGUUCUGAUUCAACCUCUUCUGAAUCUGUUUGACUUCACUGUUUGUGUUUUAUAGACCUUACAAUUAAUAUAAUAAUAAAGUAGAAACACCAAAAUGAAAAAUAUUAGUAACAGCUCAGUUGUAAAAAGAAAACUUUUUCUAAAAUCAUCACUUCCUUUCAUUUCACAAAAGUCUAAAUAACAAUUCCAUUCAUGUUUUGUUUUUGUUUUUUUAAUUUAAACGCUCCAGAGUCUUCAACAAACACCAAAACACUGAUGUUCAACACAGUGAGAAAUUAGUGUUUAUCUAGAAAUUGACAAAGUUUGGGAUUUUUAACAAUAAAAAAUUUCUUACGUUACUUCAUUUCUUGGGUGGUUGGAGGGUUGAAACAGAAUCGUGUAAGAGAAUACUGAAAAUUAAAACCGUUCGUAUUUUCUAUUUGACUUUCUGGUGUGAUUAUUUUAAACUGAUCUGAAGGGCAGCCGGUUUCAGUUUCAGUCAGUUUAUUGAUUUUCCUGUAAAAGCACCAAAAAUAUCCGUUUCAUUUGUUGGUCAGACUGAAGACGGUUUGAGGAGUCACUUUAAAAAGCCUUUGUCAUUAAUUUAAUACUUUUUAAGUUCCUAGAAUCAACAGAGAAGACCUGACCUGUGUCCUUUGGGGGGAAAAAAAUGAUGUAAGUAAAGUUUGUCUUGCUG